AAAAAUUGAAAUCUUCGUCAUUUGUCCGACGUGUCGGAAUUUCAUUGGAUGAAAUUUCAGGCCCCGCGCAAUAAUGCGCCGUGAAAAUAAGUAAAUUUGCAAUCGCAACGAAGGCGAGGCUUUCUAUUUUGUGUUCCCCAAUUCAGAGACUCGAAGAAGGCGAUUCUUCUUGGGACUAGGAUCCUUGAGGCUUGAACUUCCUUUGAUGGCGGAAAACUCGCUUGAAACGGCGUCGUCGAGCUCACAACCUUCCUCUUCAUCUUCUCCUCCUCAGAAAUCGAACGAAGUUUUCAAACAAUCCCAGAUCCCAGCAUUUUACAAUUUUCCGGCAGUCCCAGAUGGUUAUUAUCAAAUGUAUCCUGUUAUGUACCCAGUAGUUCCAGGAUUACCUCCUUCACAAAACGAAGAACAGAUGAACCGCGGAGCUGGCAUAUAUGCUGUUCCUGUAAACCCAUAUAUGGGCCAUGUAACCGGACUGCCUUAUAACACCCUGAUUCCUCUGACCUACAGUACACCUACUAGGCCAAGUUCUGAGGCUGGUACUAGUGCUGAAAAUCAGGGGCAAGCAGCACAACAGCAACAUCAACAGCAGCAGCCUGCACCUCAAAGACAAGUUGUUGUUAGGAGAUUUCAAAUUGCAUUUCAAAUUGAUUUGUUCCUUAUGUUGAAGCUGGCAGCUGUGAUAUUUUUGUUCAACCAAGAUGGAUCAAGGCAGAGGCUUAUUAUCCUUGUGUUAUUUGCUUCUAUUGUAUACUUAUACCAAACUGGAGCUUUGACACCAAUCAUAAGAUGGCUUUCACAAGGCAUGCAGAGAGCGGCUGCUCCUCCUCAUCCAGCAAGACCUGCAGUCCAGGCUGAAAACGCUCCUGCUGCCAGGCAGGGAAUUGAUAAUGCUGCUCCCGCAGAUGUUGUUCAACCUGAAGUCGGGGUGAUGAACCAGCACCAGCUGGCUAACGAGGCAGACCGACCGGUUGAUAAUGAAAAUGUGGCAGAAGCAGAGGGAGGCAAUGGGGGUAAUCAAUGGUGGGGAAUUGUGAAGGAGGUCCAGAUGAUUGUCUUUGGAUUUAUAACUUCCUUACUUCCUGGCUUCCAUAACCAUAUGGAUUGAGUUUUAGUAUGCAAAAUAUGUGAGGGAGAGAGUUUUCUCAAAUAAACGUGUAGAAUAUGAACUUCCGAGCGUUGUAGUUUAUUACAUACUUAAUGCGGUGCAAGUAUAGGGUUCCAUUUUCUUUAA